UGUCUGUUUCUUUUCGUCAACUAUUGCACCACCACCUGUAUACCUGUACACUUGCACACUUGGUACAUCUGCCAUCUAUACUGAUCUGACCAACCUCCGACCAAUUGACAUUAGCUAUAUAAGCCACAUCCAAAUACCCUAAUUCAAGUUUCAGUCAGAGAUGUCGAACAACCAGAUCGUAGACCAGGCCAUCGAGCUGGAGCACAAGGGAGAGGAGAAGUUGGACAAGCUUGCUGCUCAGGAUGCUGACAGUACCGACAGCAAUGUUCGAUACAUGGCUUAUACUAACCGAUUGAGGACCGCCCUGAGUGCGGCUUCGAGGUACACUGCCUACACUUCGGAUGUCGGUGAGGCUUUCCGACCAGUCGUGAACCCCUUGUUCGUGAAGGCUGCCUACGGUGUCUCCUGGUUGUACCUCCUGGGAGACGUCUCGUAUGAAACCUACAAGGCCAAGCACAACGGUCCGACUGCUUUGGAUCUCGCUACGGGACUCGGCGAGAAUAGUAGAUUAGGGAUGGUCGCUGCCAAGCGUGGUAUUUUCCAAGCGGUAGCAUCGAUGGCUCUGCCUGCGUUCACCAUUCACCAGACCGUCGCUAUCGCCUCCAAGCGCGUCUUUAAGAACACUCUUAACCCUCGAGUCAAAGCAUGGGGGCCUACUCUCUCCGGUCUAGCUGUCGUCCCCUUCUUGCCCUACCUCUUCGACAAGCCCGUCGAACACGCCGUCGACUAUGUAUUCGAGAAGAUCGAGCACAGACUGGUGGAGAACCACGCCGCCGUCGUAAAGGCCAGUAAGAAGGUCGACGAUGUUGUCCAAGCUGUCAAGGACGAGCUAUAGCGCAGAGACCAUUGCGGAACCACGGAAUGUGUAGAACGUAGAUGUGAGGUAGAUGCGAAAUCU